AUGAGUUUCAAUCGGAAUAUCGAACCCGCCCCCUUCAAUAUAGCAUUGCGACCGGAGCACAUCAGCGAGUUCGAGCGCCGGCUAUAUCUUCAACCCCGCUACGACACCAAGGCCAUCGAUGAAUAUGCUGUCAAGUUUGAUAGCGAUGACACAACUCUCCUUACAGCCAGUGGUCCCAGCUACCAUAGAAAAGGCGUGAGAGAUAUCCGUGACUCUUCAGGUCUUCCAUUAUUCGAAUGUGAAAAGAUUUGGACACCCGCGUGGCGCAAGCGAGGCCCCUGGUUGGUUCGACUACCAGGUAGUAGUGGUAGUAGCAAAGCCGCAAACAAAGAUUCAGAGAUCGCAAGUACCCAUAGAACAAGUGCCUAUUGGGUCAAUCGAUUUGACAUGACAUUUCGAAAUGCUGCGGCCCAAGACGUGAAGGGAGAUGCGGACAGAAUGGUCACACUGCAUAUUCGGUCUACGAAUGCAUUAUAUUGUAACUGGAUAGUCUCACUCGGUGAUAGGACUCUUGUGCAUAUCCGAGAGAGCGUCGACAGAGUCGAACAUCAGCCCCCAGUUGGUAAAUAUACCACAAGCGUACCGGACCGGGAGCUGUCCAAACGAUUGACGCUGGAUGUGAUCGUCGCUGAAAAUUUUGAUCUAUCUUUGGCUGCCCUGAUCUCCGUCAUGGUGUCAGACAUGGCAUUCUCUAUGCAUAAAUAG